AUGAGUUCCAACCAGGGCUACGGAACCUAUAAUCCCUACGGACAAGCGGGAAAUCCUUACGCUCAGGGAGGCUAUGAAAAUGAUGGAUACGGCAAUCAGGGAAACUACAGUGACCGUCCGGAACCCCAGCAACAAGGUAGCAGCUAUUAUGCUCAAGGGGAACAGCAGCAAGGCGGUUAUGAAAUGAGAAACAUGAAUGGUACCGACCCCAACCGAAUCCUCAAUGAAUGUCGGGCCGUCGACCAGGCCAUCGAUGAAAUCGAGGCAGAUCUACAGCGUCUUAAGGGUCUUCAAUCACGAUACCUGGCCGACACGAACACCUCCGCCCAGUCGCCACUGCGCAUGGAGGUCGACCGCACAGGAGAAACAAUCAUGACAAAAUACCGCGGUCUCGUUAGCCGCGUCAAGGGCAUCAAGCAACAACCGGAAUCCGGAAACCCGCGCAAUGCUCCCCAAGUUGGCAAGAUUGACCGAAGAUUGAAGACGGCAAUCAAUCAGUAUCAACAAGUCGAACGGGAGUUCCGAAAAGCGUCCCAAGAACAGAUGGCCAGACAAUACCGAAUUGUCCGCCCCGACGCGUCAGACGCAGAAGUGCGCGAAGCUGUGGAAGAUCCUAAUAACCAACAAAUCUUCUCGUCUGCAUUGAUCCAGAGCGACCGGCGUGGUGAAGCACAGACCGUGGCGCGAAACGUUUCUCAGCGUCACGAAGAUAUCCAGAAGAUUGAACGACAGAUGAUUGAGCUUGCUCAGCUCUUCCAAGACCUCGAGGCAUUGGUGGUCCAGCAAGAACCUGCAGUCACCCAGAUUGAGGAGCAAGGCGAGCAGGUCGCAGAACAUGUAGCCAAGGCAAAUGUUGAGCUUGAGGGUGCAGUCGUCAAGGCCCGAGCUGCCCGUCGCAAGAAGUGGAUAUGCUUAGGCAUUGUUGUCCUCAUUAUCAUCAUUAUUGCCGUGGUCGUGGCGGUGGCUGUUACGGUUACGAAUAAUCAUUAG